AUGUCAACAAACCUGGAGCGGGUCAAGGAGGAUUUCGAGGCAGCUAAGCAGCAGCUGGCGAGUGUCCGAAAGGAUAAUGAGACCCUGCGGGAAGAAGGAAGCUCUCUUCGCGCCCAAGCAGCCGAGAGGGGUAAUAGAGCAAUCCAAUAUAAGAAUGAGCUCGGAGAACUUCAAAUCCGGUACGGAUCUAUGGUCCAGGAAGACAAAGUUAAGACUACUGAGCUCAGCGAAUUGCGUGCGAAAACGAAACAGGACGAACAUCGUAUCAGACAAGUUUCAGACGACCUAGAACGAGCCAAAGAAGAAGCCUUGAAGUAUCAGGAGCAGAUGCAAGUUCAAAGGCGAAACCGUGAUUCCUUGGAAGAAAAGAUGCAGAGACUACAGGUUAAGGUUACGGAACAGGCGACCUUACUCAAAGUUCAGGAAGCUGCGAAUACGGCACUCGAUAGGCGAUACCGUCGCCUGUCAUUCGCUAGCUUCCUACGCUGCAACGUGCGCGUUGCUGUCACACCGCGUCUUAUCGAUGCCAUGCCUCCAGAAUCCAUGGACAAGAACAACUCGUAUACGAUUUCAGCGGAUGCUGAAAUCCCCCAAAUUAGCCUCUUUGCGACUCCUCCCUCGAACGCGCAAUCGCCUAUGCGGUUCGAUUAUGUCUUUACGGAAACCGAUUGCGACGACGAAGUGACCUGCUUCACGAACAGUCUUGUCAACAACACCAUUUUGGAACGAGGGUCUUCGAGGAAUGGAGUGAUCAUCGCUACUGGGUUCAGCGGGACUGGAAAAUCGACCACAGUACGAGCAAUUGCGGCGGCGGCUGGAGAAUUGAUACUCGAGGAUGGCUCAUAUCAAGGAAGAUCCCAUUAUCUCGUGCUCGCCUUCUUCCAGUUUGAUGCGACAACCCUGAAAGCACAAGAGGCUAUUGCGCCACCCACAGCCGGUUUCCCCGCAGAUCUAGAAAUUGUCGUUGAGAAUGAAAAGACAACAAAGGAGCGACCGACAGCGUACAUGUACACUGUUCGGACGACAGCAGCACUUCGUGCCGUUCUGGAUCACGCUGAAGCCUCCCGCAAAACAGAGCCCACCUUACUCAACAAGACUUCAUCCCGAUCGCAUAUGAAGCUUGAGCUAAUCGCCAAGGGCAGGUAUGUUUCGGGAUCAAUGUUGCCUCCGUGUCUUGACAUCUUUGACCUUGCUGGCGGCGAACCGAUCGAAGGGACUUCAAGCAAAAAUCAGACGCAUGGCAUCAAUCUAUCACAUUACGAAAAGUAUAAAGACAAGCCUUACGACUAUUCACUCAUCGAAGUCAUGUAG